AUGCCAAGCCUCGCGGCACCCAGCGCCACCGAGCCCACGGACGCGAGCGCGCUGCCGCGCGCCGCCGUGGCCGCGGCGUGGGCAUGCCGCGUGAUCUGCGCGCGCUGUAUGCGCUGCUCGUGGAGUGGACCGGCGCGCCGCAUCGCGCCAUACCCGGCCUGGACCCAGCUUUCCCACCCCACCACACUCGUUAUGCCCGCGGUCUCCACCACCACCUCGCCGCUCCUGCACGGCAUCCGCGACCUCUUCGUCGGCAUGCUCGCAUACGCCGUCAUGCUGAUCGUGCUCACGCUCUUCGUCAUGGCGACGGACCACGUCCGCUUCAGGUGGUACGAGCACGAGCGCGAGAAGGUCGCCCGGCACCACCACCAUCACCACCAGCGCAUCCGCAAGGAGUUUGCCAGCCCGACGACGUCGACGAGCGAGGUUGCGCCGUCGCCGCCGGCGCCGGCACCGGCUCCCGUCGCGUUCCAGACCAACGUGUUCACUGCUGCUGCUGCUCCCGCCGCGACGCCUGCCCCAGAAGCACCGGUACCGGCACCAGCCGCAGUGCCAAAGCACCUCACAACACAUCAUAAGACUAAUAGCUGCGCCGAGGAGCCCAUCCCGUGCUGAUCGGAUCUGUCUAGUAUAUGUAUGCCGUGAGUCUGGA